AUGAGAAGGAGGAGGAGAGAGGAGGAGGAGAGGAGGAGGAGGAGGAGGAGGAGGAGGAGGAGGAGGAGGAGGAGGAGGAUGAGGGAGGAGGAUGAGGAGGAGGAGGAGGAGGAGGAGGAUAGGAGGAGGAGGAGGAGGAGGAGGAGGAGGAGGAGGAGGAGAGGAGGAGGAGGAGAGGAGGAGGAGGAGGAGGAGGAGGAGGAGGAGGAGGAGGAGGCAGGAGGAGGAUGA